AUGGCUUACCUAUCCAACAGACAUCUUCUAGACGCCUCCCCUUCUCUCCCCGAUCCCUCUUCUCAUUUCAAUCCACGUUCCUCCGUUCAACCCUCUUCUUCCACCCAUCUGCCUGUUUGGGAGGAUCCUUCCUUUUCUCCUCAUCAACCUUCUCCAUCCACCGCUCCUCCUUUCUCUCAACAACCUUCCUCCCAUGACUCUUCUUCUCGCUUUUUCUCCUUUCCUUCCCAAUCCGCCCACCCUCCUACUUCUGUUUUUGCCGACAAAAUCUCCCACCCCUCGAAUUAUCCAUGGCGAUCCAACCAAGUCAAACUUCCCGUCUACAAUUCUUCCAACACCACCUCUCCCUCCAAUCCUUCAAAUCCUUCAAAUCCUUCUUCUUCUUUGUCCAACCGCUGGUCGUUUCAAUCCCUCCGCACAAACUCCUUGUCUCACGACCAAACUGCCCUGGAUCUUUCUUUAGAUUCCUCUUUCAAGCACGAUCCCUCUUCCACCCAUCCACGACACUCUGCUUCUGUGCUUUCCCGUCAUCCCGAUCCUGCUUCUUCUGCCCAUUCCUUUAGCCCUCCAAAACGCUCCUUAUCCAAUACUCCACUUCUUGAUCCUCUCUCUUCUUCUGCUUCUUCUUCUUCUUCUUCAAGGCCUCUAUCCUCCGGUUUGCAAGCCCUAUCCAUCCACGAGCCCCCUUUCAACCCAGCUUCAUCUCACCGAACUCCCUCCAACCAAAAUAUUCAACGAUACUUUUCUCAAAGAAAACCUUUGAAUAAUACUCUACUGAAUAAUUCCAGGUUAGGCCAACACUCUGCUCCCAUCAACCAUUUGCUUCGGAACAUGAGUACUUCCCCUUCCUUUUCGCUAGAUGGCUCUGAAACUUCCCUAACACCCAUGUCUUUGUCCCGUAGCAUCCCCGAUUCUCCCGUUGAGACCGACUCCGUCCACACCCCCAGUUUUUGUUCCUCCUCUGAGUCUCUUGCCAUGUAUCCAGAACCGAAAGCGAACAUAUGUCCUUUACCCUCUUGUCCGAAUCAUAAAACCGCUCAGUUUCUUCCUCAAUUCCCCAUGCAACCAAACGUUCCCUCCCUUCAUGAGCGAAGUCCAAAUAUAAAUACAACUGCUUCCGACUCAUGUUACGAUGGAAAGCUUGGCCAUUAUGAGACAGGACAAAAGUUUGUAUACCAAAACAGCAUAAAGAAACCCUCGGUUCCUAGAAACGUAAGCGAUUUCACCCCUAUAGAUGAGAAUCUACAGCCAAUUCGCCAAGCUGGAAAACAAAAGAAGCCUGAGGAUAACAAAUCGAGCACGAACAAAAAGUAUGCCUCGAAUAAACUAAAAAAUAUGGAAUUUCCUUCCCUUGACGAAAUGUUGGGUCGAAUUCCAUUGAUUUGCAAAGACCAACACGGCUGUCGCUAUCUGCAAAAGCUUUUGGAUGAGAAUCCAAAAACUAAUGCUUCUUUGGUUUACAAUGAAGUUGUCUCUUCUAUCGUGGAGCUCAUGAAAGAUCCCUUUGGUAACUAUAUGUGCCAAAAGCUUUUCGUUUAUGCCUACCGAGAGCAAAAACUAGCAAUGGUAAAAGGUAUUGGAAAAGACGUGGUUGGUAUUUGUUCUGAUUUACAUGGAACUCGAGCUAUGCAAAACAUUAUUGAUAAACUUACCUCAAAUGAACAAAUCUCUAUAUUGAUGCGAAUCCUCACGCCGUUUUUGGUAGAGCUAGCCUGUGAUGGAAAUGGCAAUCACGUUUUGCAAAAAUGCAUCGAUAAAUUUUUACCUGAGAAACUGGAGCUGUUGUUCUUUUCCAUAAAACGCCAUGUUUUCAAAUUAGCAACCCAUAGACAUGGAUGCUGCGUUCUUCAACGUAGCUUAGAUGCCACGAAGGGCUUGAUGAAGAACCAACUGGUCGAAGAGAUUAUAAGCCAUGCCUUAUUCCUAGUUCAGGAUCCUUAUGGAAAUUAUGUAAUUCAACAUAUCUUAGAAAUGAACGUCGAACAAUACAAUGCAGGUAUAUCACAACAAUUUCAAGGCCAUAUCUGUGAAUUGUCUUUACAAAAAUUCAGCUCUAAUGCUAUUGAAGACUGCAUUCGUACUGCUUCCCCGUCUACCCGCAAAUGGAUAUUGGAUGAGUUUUUGUCUUAUCCCAAAAUUGAGGACUUGUUAAAUGAUAGCUAUGCAAAUUAUGUGAUGCAAAGCUUCCUAAUACAUUCGGAUGAUGAAGAGAGAGAGAAAAUUGUUCACUUACUAAUUCCUCUAUUGCCCAAAAUUUCUGCUUCCAAUCAUGGGCGUCAUAUAAUUGGAAAAAUUACUGAAUAUGCUAAAUCUUAA